CCCGGGACCCGGUGGCGGGGCGGGACGCUUGGGGCCGCCCCCGGGCACGGCCCCCCGGCGGCGGCAGCGGGAACGGGAGCGGGAGCGGGAGCGGGACCAUGCCGUACCUCCUCAUCAGCACGCAGAUCCGCAUGGAGGUUGGCCCCACCAUGGUGGGAGAUGAGCAUUCGGAUCCCAGCCUGAUGAGCUUCCUGGGGGCCACGAAGAGGAACAUGCUGGGGAACCACUUCUGGGAGUACUACGUGAACGACGCGCCGCGGGUAGUCUUGAACAAGCUGGAGAGCUGCGGUUACCGGGUGGUGAGCAUGACAGGCGUGGGCCAGACGCUGGUCUGGUGCCUCCACAAGGAAUAGCGAGGAAGACUUCUGCGUUCCUCCCAGACACGGCCUUGCCGGGGACCAUCUCACACAGGACUGACAGCAAACGUUUCCCCUCAGAUCCUUUCUGUCCCAGGCUCCAGGCGCUCGGGCACGGGGGGGAGGAGUGGUGUAGAGGCAAAACUUGACCCAAUGGAAACUUGCCCUCCCCGCCCAUUCACGAGCCCGGGGGUGAGGAAGGCAUGCCCUGUCCAGGAGAAAUCACGCACGGAGAACAGAUGGCUCUGCCUUCCUCCGAGGCAGCCUGGCAAAUACCAUCUUUUUACAUUUUAAUCAUCUCCUAUUUAGCAUGCGUUGGGGAAGCUCAAAUUACAGACUGGUCUGCCUGUUCCUCGGAGCUGCCCGGAGCAGGACGUGGAGCUGUGAGCCCAGGGCAUGCCUUUUUCCAGGCCACGGGGGCGGGAGGGGAGGCCGAGCAUGGCUGGCCUGCUGCCUCAUCCCCAAAACACAAGCGGGAACUGCUAAACCUGCACGGUGCUCUUUGAGAAUCUCUUUGCUCGGCCGCAAGGCCGGUUUCUCUCCCACCUGGGACUGUGGCUGGCAGCAGCAGCCACCUUUCAGCCCCAAGAGCACCCUUCAAGCCUAACACAUCGUUCCCAAAACAGCCUUAGAGCGGCACAGAAAGGUCCUGUGAACAGUUAAGGUGUGGGCUCUGUAAUCUUAGCAGCAGCAGCUGCGAUGCUGGAUUGUUUGGGGCUGUGUAUCAAUCCUGCUGUAGGGGUAACGCCAAUAAAACAUGUCUUUAAAGAGA